CCAGCCCCGGCGGCAGCGACAAGCCCGGCCCCCCCCUGAAGCCCUCGUCGUCCUCCUGCCGCGCCGCCGCCCUCUUCUCCCCUCGGCUUCACCAACAUGUCGGUGAACCCCAUGGCCUACGAGGCGCAGUUCUUCGGCUUCACGCCCCAGACGUGCAUGCUGCGCGUCUACACCGCCUUCCAGGACUACCUCUUCGAGGUGAUGCUGGUGGUGGAGGGCGUCAUCCUGAAGAAGCUGGAGGGCUUCCCCCACGCCGAAAUCAGCCCCCUCCAAGUGCGGAAGGGCACCGAGAAGUUUCUCCUCUUCAUGAAGGAGCGCUUUGAGCAGCUCUUCAGUAAAAUGGAAGAGGUGCUGCUGCAGCUGGUGCUGAACGUGCCCAAGAACGUGCUGCUUCCCGAGGACAAGGUCCACGAGCAGUAUCCCUACACGAAAGAGCAGUUCCAGGCGCUUCAGGAGGAGAUCGAUCAGCUGCAGCAGCAAUACAGGGCCGAGGCGUCCGCCGAGCAGGCGCUUCUCGCCGAAAUUGAGGAGCAGAAGCGUGUGCAGGCAGAACUGGAAAAGAUUUUGCAGUGGUUUGAAGGACUUGAGAGCAUCUGCAGAGCACACGGGACCAGCAACUUCAAAGAAAGCUUCACAUUCCUGACGCAAAACUCCAAGAAACUCCAAGAUGUGCUAAAAGAUGUUGAAAAGAAAAGCAAAAAGUUGCGGAUUAGCGAUCAGUUGGCAUAAUGCGAAUUCAGAAAAGGCAACGUGAAAACCAUCAAGCUUAUUAUUUAAGCUCACUUAAAAUAAUAAAGAUGUAUUGCCUUUCCAGAAGUCUCUUCUCUAAGCCUGCAAAGACAAGACAGAAAUCUCAGUACUGAGUUUUGUUGAGUGUGUUCAUUUGCAUCAGCUUAGCUAGGAAAUAGAGAGGAAAAAGCCUUGCUUUUCUGGGAAAUGUGUAGGGAAAGUGGUGAUCAGGAAUAAAAUUUGUGUUGGAGAACCUGACUGAAAGUAAUUUCCUGACUUUAAGAAAAUUGCCUUUUAACACAGAAUAAUACCAUUGUGUAUUUUAAGGUUAAAAAAAAAGUGUCCAAGCAAGAUCCCAGACUGGUACCAGUUGAGAUUACAAAGUCUGUGCUUUUGUCAGUGAUGACAUAAACUCUUCAUGCUGAUUUUGUAAGCAGCUCUGCUAUAAAGGCUAAGGUUCCUGUUCAACAAACAGGAAACCAUAGAGAGGAGAAAGAUAGAAAAAGACACUGCUCAGCCCUCUAAUGAGAAACAGAUCUGUUUACAUCAAUAUUAAACUUAAGCCCUUGGAGCAGUUUCUGAGAUAUAAAGGUUUAUUACUGCUUAACACAGGUGUUCUGGAAGGAGAAGGAUUGUGUUUUCAUUGAGCAAGAAUAAAGUCAGAAAGCAAUUAGAUCACUUUUCUAGCUUAUAUUGCCUUAUUUGGAUUGCCUAGGGUCCUUUUUCUACUAAAUAAUAGCUAAUUUUCUUUAUGUAUAAUGAGAUAUUUUCUGUGUGGAAAUUGUGAAGACUGACUGAUGAGUUCUUUGAAGUCACUUAAUUAAGCUUAUUCUGUCUGUGCUCGACUCAAGUUUUACACAGCAAGCGUGGAUCUUU